AUACAAUGUUAUUAGCGCAUUUGCAUCCUUCCCUGACUCCCCGCAGACUGUCUCAGGCUCAUACAUUCAUUCGUUCAGGAUACGUCUUCCUAAAUCCAUGGUUCAUUCACACAACCUCAGAGAAUACUCGUCGCAGGAUGGUUUCAUUUACGGAUUCUCGCACUUCACUCAGAGACGAGAUCCCACCUCUAAGCGAGGUUACCAGCAGGUCUGAUCCACAUUCAGGUGUAAUCGGGGAACUCGGUUUCCUCGGUUAUGUGUUCACGGUCGAGCUGCCCACCUCCCCGGACGCCCAGCAAUCAAGUAAUGCCGCUCGUGCUGUAGAGAAAUAUGACCCAAGCUCACAUAUACUGGCGUCGCUGUCUCCUCAAGACCCUCCGAUCAUUGACGCCUUUGAGGCGAGCAUCUCGCAUGUAUGGUCAAUCUGGGAAUGUCUGUUACUAUGUGAACCGAUACUGGUUUACGGACCUUCGGCAGCUGUGACUAGCCAAAUUGUAUGGUGGCUACGUGACCUGCUACGACCUAUACCGUUAGGUGGCGAUUUCCGACCAUUUUUCACUAUCCACGACAUCGAUCAUGCAAAUUUGGUGAAUUCAAGACAGCCUCAAUCUGGGCUCUUGCUUGGUGUCACCAACCCAUUUUUCGAGAAGAUAUGUAGUCAUUGGCCGCAUAUACUCAGUCUUGGCUCACCUAGAAAACGGUCUCUGGAAAUUAGUGUAGGUCCAGCACCUGGCUGGACAACGAAAACACAUAAGCGCUACAUCUCGAAGGAUCAGGCCUUGCUCAAGAAGUUGGAAGAAGCAUUCCACGGGGACGAGCAUGCCAAACUAGAAGCGUCUGAAGCUCUUCGGGAACAUCUCAUGUCGCGGACGACUGCUUUUUUGAUGCCGCUCCAACGGUAUCUCAACACUCUCAUACCGACGUUCGCGGACAGGACAGCACCUUCAACACCGAACCUGUCGACGUCGAGCGUCGCCUCUACCACCCCGCGUUCUGCUGCGCCCAGCCAUGUCAGGAAUGCCUUCAGUCAUCUGGCGGUCUCAGUGGCGCCUUCCACCCCGCCGCCCCUGCGGCUCAAGCCUUUCAGCGAAGCAGCCUUCCUUGCCUCGCUCAAAGCGAACGGUACCCCACUGCCUUACAAGAGUGCUGCAAAACGGAAGGAUUUUUAUGAGCGGUGGUUACGGACAAGAUCGUUCGGAUUAUGGCUUGCUUCGCAGGAGGAAGUCGUAGACAGAGUUCUGGCGACCCCGUUCCCCAGCGCCAUACCGCCGCAGCGUCACGCGUGUCCGGGGUUCGGGAAGUCUGAAGCCAUUCCAUUUAGAGCCGCAAAGCGCGAUCAACACUACCCUCGCUUUCUCUUCUUCAUUUUCUUCAUGUCGGAUCAUCUGAAUCAGGAAGAGGAGGACCUCCUCCAGUCGGCGUUGUCGGACGCAUUCUCCCCCACAGAGGUAAAGCGUGUCUCAGCGCAGCUUCCAGAAAAGCAGGAGGAGGUAGCACCAGCUACAGAAGCCCCAGCCCCUGCUACGCCCGUUUCCGAGAGCACUGCUUCGGCCUCCACCCCCGCCGAGGAGGACUGGAAAGCAGAGUAUGAGCAUCACCUUGCCGAAUGGCGCGCCCGCUCGGCGGAGCAGCGCGAGAAGGCGGAGGCGAACCGCACGCACUGGGAGAAGGUUCGCGAACAGGAGGAGAAGGAGGGCAAGGCUUGGGAGGAACGUGUCCUUGGCGAGCGUAGGCGGUCUCAGAGGCUUAGCGAGAGCAUGGCAAGCACGAGUGGUUGGGAGAGCGUCAGGGCCGCGACAGAGGAUCGGGCGAGUCCGAGCCCCGCAGACGCAAGGGACUUGACAACGGGCGAGGCGCAGGGACACAGGCAUGCGACCUCGUCGUCAAGCUCUCCGGCAGCAGGCCAGCAAAAAAGCCGCCCUGACUCCGAGCCAGAGUCGUCUAAGCACGAGAAAUGGGAAGAGGUCCCUUCGGAACUGACCUCCUCAUACCCAUCUCUCACCUUCCCCUCGGAUCCUCACUCUCCCACGUCUCCCCACCAACACCGAAACCUGCACGACGAACACGCGCGCGGACCCCACGAUCACCACCACCACCACGAGUCUACGCGACAUACCGUAACCUCGGCGAUCUUUGACUCCAAGCUCUCGACGAAGACGCGUGUGCUGGCUCUCGCCUCCAGCAUUGGCAUCAACCUGCUGCUGCCCUUCGUCAACGGCGUCAUGCUUGGCUUUGGAGAGAUCUUCGCGAAGGAGGUCGUGUUUCGCUGGUUUGGAUGGAAGCUGCCCGUGACGAACGUUGGUAUUCGCGCUCGUACCGCGGCCUCUUCUCGCAAGUAACUUGCCUACUACUCUGCAUGUGCAUACAUUAGAGGUGGAAAUCACUGGGUAUUACUGGGGGCUGUGUGGCGUUUUCUUGGAUCUAGAGCCUGCUACAAUCAAUGUACGGGAUGACAGCCAUUGCUCGCGGACGCUGUUCAGUUUGAACUCGUACUAUGCCCCGCAGCGUAUACCGACAUAUGUCAUACUAUACGUUUUUAGAUGUCUGACAUGGAGAGGCAGCCUGUUAUUAUAGUCCUUGCCGCAAGUAUACCUGCCUUGUUCCAGGUCUCC